AUGUACAACCCAUACGCCAAUCCCCAGGAACUGCCCAAGCAGGAGCCGUUCGGGACCGCGUCGAACGCCCAGCAGUUUCAGUCACAGGCGUACAUGAACGCCAACCACCACGCCCCACGCGCACAAACAGCAAACAUUAAUACCUUCUUUAACGAUCCGGCCGCACAGAUGGGUCUCCAGUUCAGUCAGUCGGCCUUCAAUGCCUCCCACCAGUACAUGCAACAGAACUUUGGCCAGCUGGUGGCCAACCAGGACAUAAAGUAUUAUUUCAAAGUGUCCAACCAGUACGUGUUGAGCAAGCUACUGCUUAUUCUCUUCCCCUUCAGAAACAAAACGUGGACAAGACAGCUGCGGUCCACAGACGUCUCACAGAGCGUCGAGAUGUACGCCACCCCUAUAGAAGACGUCAACGCCCCCGAUCUGUACAUCCCGCUGAUGUCGUUUGUGUCGUAUGUGCUGCUGUGGGCCGUCUUCAGCGGGAUCAACGGCACGUUCCAUCCACAACUGCUGGGCUACGCCACAACAAGAACACUGGCCUUCUAUUUGAUGGAUAUCUGUCUGAUCAAGAUCUCGUUUUACGUGCUGGGAGUGAACCAGAAAAACAGAAAGCUCUGGGACCUUGUCAGCUACAGUGGCUACAAAUUCAUCUCAAUCUUGGUACUGAUGCUCAUAAAGAACCUUCUCAGCUCGAAAAUCCUCAUCUACACCGGGUUCCUGGCCAACAUCUUCUCGCUCGGCUUCUUCCUGAUGAGAUCUCUCAAAUACGUCGUUUUGCCGAGCGGACUGGACGCAAACAGCCUGUCGUCGGGAGCGAGACGGAUCCGUACCCAGUUCCUAUUUGUGUACUCGUUUGUGGUGCAGGCGAUCAUGGUCUGGGUGAUGGCCUGA